UAUCGUUUAAAGUAACCACCACUAGUUACUCAGCUGAUCGCGAGCCGCAUGUGCCCGCCAGCGUUUACCAACACUAGAAUCAAAACAACGUGAAACUACGCAUCAAAAUGACGAAUCUUCGCAAGGAAUUGGAGAAGUGCAAGCACCCAAAUAGCCGAAAAACCAAGGCGUUGGGCAAGAAAGCCCGUCGCCAGAAUCACAAGCACCGAGUGCGUUUGGGUCAUGCCAUCAAGAGCAACAUAACCGGCGAGAAAUUGAGCUGGUUUCUGGGCCAAAUCGAUGGGGGACGCACCGAACCGCUGACUCCACAGGAGCUGGAGGAUCUGAUCGAACUGUAUUUCACCCGGUUCGACGAGGAACUGGAGCAGAUCAACCUGAAGCAGUCGAUUGGCAAACAUCGGGCCAAUCAGCAUGCCGCCCGCAAGGAUGUGAUCACCAUGACGCUGGAGAAGGAGCGCAACGAGUUCCGAAGCGGCGGCCUGGAGCUGAUGAACCUCUGCGAUCCGCUCAAGCUGAAAAUGCUGCGCGAGUGGGACGGCAGUGCGCUGAGUGUGCAGCACCUGAAACUCGACCUGGUGUCCUACAACAUGCUGCAACGGCUCAAGGUGGAGCAGUCGGCGAAGAAGGAGCAGGCCGCCAACAUCGAGCAAAUGGAAACAUGAAAUAAAUAAGAAUAAAAACCAAAA